GUCAAAAGGCGGCAGCCGGACGUCCCGUAGCACCGUCGCGACGCCAGUCCCCGCGCUCCGACGUCGCGAGCCUUCGAGACGGUGCGUGCCGAGGGGGCCUUCUACCUUUCGGUCGUUCGGUCCGCGACCACGUGGGUUUUCGAGUGCUCUACACCGGGGUUGGAUUCGGAUCGGGUUACGGUCGAGGAGUUUUUUUUUUGUUUGUUUGAUUGUUGUUUUUUAUGGGGUGAAUUUCGUCGACCGUAUGUCACCGAAAUAUUGUGGAAAACUUAAUGGAAAUUAGCGCGAUUAUUUUACAUGACAUAAAUUCCACAAACAUACGUUUCUUGGAAUCAUUGGUCAUAUAACAAACAAUUUAAAUAUAAUAACAAUUUAGCAAAAAAAAACAUAUAUAAAACGGCCAGCGGUUGGUGCAAACUCGCGAAUAUUCCAAAGUGCCAAGUGUCCGGACGAUGUGCGAUAAAUGGACUAGUGCUCCCGAGCUAAUACCAGAAGUUGCCCGAAUAACUGCGAGGCUCUCGGCAGGAUAAUUCCGAGGAUCGCGAGGAUAACAUCGCACCGAAGAUGUUCCCGGGCUGCAUUAAGACUCCCCGGUCGGCUCAAGGGUCCACCGACGACAUCACUAAACAGACCAAGUCCAUUGUACAGAUAUACACCGAUUGGGCGAAUCAUUAUUUGGAAAAGGCCAGGAGCAAGAAGCGAGUGAGUUCGUUGGCUACUGAUUGCAGCGAUGGGGUGCUUUUGGCUGAAGUCAUCGAAUCAGUCACUUGCCAGAAAAUUCCAGAUAUCCAGAGAAAGCCGAAAUCGCCCACUCAAAUGUUGGAGAACAUCAACGUCUGCCUGUCGUUCCUCCGCAGCCAGCAUGUCGCCGGCGUCGAGAGCGUCUCGGCGCAGGAACUGCGAGACGGCAAGCUGAAGGCGAUCCUGGCGCUGUUCUUCGCCCUCUCGCGCCACAAGCAAGCCGCCAAGGCGGGCCGCCACCAGACGUCCUCGCAGGCGCAACAGCAGCAACAGCAGGAGAUGACUCCUAAUAGGUCCUCGACGAUCGUCCACAAGGGCGGCAGCAGCAUCCCCCUGCCGGGCUCGUCGCUGCCGGCGCGGCGAUGCCCGCCGGACAAGGUCCGGCCGGUGGCGAGCAGCUCGAGGAGCACCAGCCCCGCCAUGUCGAUGAUACCCCGGGCGCCCCCUUCGCAGAUAACCAGCCCCUACCAGAGCAACAACCAGUCGCAGAAGAACUCCAUGCUCGACAAGCUGAAGCUCUUCAAGAACAACGACAAACCGGCGACCGUGAGCAACGGGAAACGCACCAGCAGCUCCAGCGGAGUGUCCUCGGCCAGGAGCGAAAGGAGCGAUUCCAGCAGCGUCAGUAUGGAGCAUAGCGUGGAUCUUAAGCCGAUUAGAAAUACUUCCAGAUUGAAACAAACCCGUCCUAGUAAACCUACGCAAGUCAAAAACAGCCCGAAUUCGAGCAAAAAAGAAGUCAUCAUCAACAAAUCGAACAAAACGGCGACGGACGUCGAAAAGCACGCCUACAAAAUCGCCAAUUUACCAUCCACCAAACUAGCAGAACCCAAAAUACGAGUAACAGUCAGCAAAGAACCCCAAAACAAGGUCACCCAUUUACCGAUACACAACGGUAACGGCCAAGUGCUAGGCACGGGGAUACCCAAACCCACCGCGGCGGUCAAAGGCACCAGCAAAAUAUCCCGAGAAACCAGCGUGAGCUCGCUGAAGGAGCUCAACCACAGCACGUCGGUGUCCAGGGAGAGCUCGCAGAUAUCCCUGAAGCAACAGAAACCCACCGUCGCCCUCGUAUCGCCGAUCAAAAACGAGAAGGACAAUCAACUGUCGGAGAGCAGCCACAGCGCCAGCACCGGCCAUCACAGCAACUCCAGCGAGAGCUCGGUGAUCUACAAGCCGUCCAGCGAGAGCGGCUCCGACCAUCCCAACGUCAUACCCAACCGAAAGGAGCCGGUGAACUACAUCACGGCCGUCACCGAUCAAUCGCCGCCGCCGCCGGCGCCGCAAACCCCCAAGGACUCCUCCAACGAGGCCGACAGGCUGCCCAACAACGAGAAAGAAGCGAACAGCAUAUCCUACAACAACAUUGUGAACAAGCAGAAGCUGGACAUGUCGAAGGAGCGCGAGAAGGAUAUCUUGAAUCACAUCAAAGAGGCGUACCUGGAGGAUAAAGACGAGAACUUGUCGAUCGAACCGAUGCGGCCUUUGCUUAGGGAUUACUGCAGCACGCUGCCGCAGAGGCAGCGCCAGUACAACAGGGUGCAGCCGGACGGUGGAUCGGAUUACUGCGAGAUCGCCUUGGCUAAUGGGUACCUUUCGGACGGGGAGAUCCUGAGGAACACCGUCGCGAUGGACAUCGGGGACGGUUACAUGUCAGAGGGCGGAGCCGUUUUAUACGCCAGAAGAUUGCAGUCUAUACCUGCUCAUCUAACCAACGGUACCGCUCGUCUCCCGUCCGGCCUCACCGUGUUGACGGAGCAAUCCAGCCGCAGGGGCGGCUCGGGGGAGUCUCCCCCGCCGCCGCCGGCGCCGCGGAUCGCCUCGAAGUCCACCAGGAACGGCGGGUCGCCGCAGGACUCCAAGCACUCCGCGCAAGAGAUCAAGCACGCCCACCACCAGCAGUGGAAGCGGUACACGGACUCGCCGGGCGUGGGGUCGCCGCCGCCGCCGCCGGCGCCGCUGAGCCCGCCGCAGGCGAGGAGAGAACGACGGACGAGCCCGCACGGCAGCGGCGGCAAGGAGAAGGCGGCGAAAGGCGCCAGAGGGGUACCGCAGAGCUUCGGCUACUUCAAGAGGAACGGUACCAGCAUCAACGGCGCCGUGAAUGGGAAUACUAACGGGCAGAGUAUGCAAUUAAUCCAAAAUCAAAGUGCGGGAAAAACUGCAGCUGUCUCCGCCGUUCCCAGGACCAAAGUUAAAGUUUCAGGAGGCACUCAAACUUGUUCCAGCGAUCUUCAACCGGCGCAAAAACCGAGCCCUCCGCAGUUCAAGAGCUACUCUCUUACCGGCAACACCGCGAACCAGCUGAGCCAGUCGGUGCGAGAACGUCUUAUGAUGGGAUCACAAAGUCUUCCAAAAGGUGCCGGCACCCACCAGGAGUACAGCCUGGUGAUGAGGCAGGUCCGGCCCAAGGCCAGCGAUGGUUCCCUAUCGGAUACCCAAGCCAUCGAGAACAACGCCGGAUCGUACGCCCCUUGGUUGCGACACAGUAACACGUAUUCGGUGGCUCCGCGGUUAUCCGAAACGGACAGCAUGGAAUCGUUGACGAGCCUGCCGGGCCACAGGAGCAGCCUGACGCACGCGAGAUUGUUAAGGGAUUCCCCGUCAAGGUUAAGUCGAAGCAAUAGUAUAAGCUAUCUCAGAGAAAGGACGUUUCCAAGGUCAACAAAAUCGGAGAAACUGUACCCCUCGAUGCUGCAUCGCAAUACCGAACCAGAAACGGAGCCCUACUAUUGCCUGCCCAUAGGCAGCCUCAGUCACUGGUCCCAGCCCACUAGUCCGGCUCCCGGCAGCGCCAGAACAUUCCCUCUGUCUCCCACGCAUUCUAGCACGCCCAGGCACAGCAUACCAAAGAACGACGAUGUCCACGGAUCCUCCAUCAGCUUGGUCUCGACGGCUUCGAGUUUGUAUUCGUCGGCGGAGGAGAAGCAGGCGCACGAGAUCAGGAAGCUGAGGCGGGAAUUGACCGAAGCUCAGGAGAAAGUCCACACGUUGACUUCGCAACUCAGCACCAAUGCUCACGUAGUAUCAGCGUUCGAACAAAGCCUCACGUCGAUGACCCAAAGGCUACAACACUUGACAGCCACGUCGGAAAAGAAGGAGGCCGAGCUGCAGGAGCUGCGCCAGGCCAUGGAGUCGCUGCGCGCCCAAUCGAUCCAGGCCGGCAUCGGCUCGACGCUGGCCCGCCAGCCGUCCUCCGACAGCGUGUCGAGCCUCUCGUCGGCCUGCAGCCUCGACAAGCACGACAAGAAGAAGAAGAAGGGCUGGCUGCGCAGCUCGUUCACCAAGGCGUUUUCGCGCAACGCCAAAGUCGCCAAGGUGCAAUGCCAGAGCGACAACGCCGACGAGAGGGCGCACAGCCCGCCGCCGGCGCCGCCCACCGAUCCCGGCCUGGAGGUGGCCGAAUUGCAGAAGCAACUCAGGGAGAAGGAUAUGGUGUUGACGGACAUCCGGUUGGAGGCGUUGAGUUCCGCGCAUCAGUUGGAGAGUUUGAAGGAUACCGUUAUGAAGAUGAGGAGCGAAAUGUUGAGUCUGAAGCAAAACAACGAGCGUCUACAGAGAAUGGUGAGCGGAACGCCGAAUCUACCGACUGAUCUCACCGAUACCAGAAGUACCAGUAGCAUAGAUGCCUUAAGUGACCUCAUUCCUACCGAAGAACCGGCGCCGGAAGUCGAAACCGACGGUAAACGCAUCGUGAUUUCCGUCUAUUUGGGACAACCGCAAAGUUUCGACAAAUAUUACACGGAGCACUACGGAAACGACUGUUUAAAUGACAACGCUAACAUCGAAAUAUCAAUAGCCCAUACUAACGUAGGCGCCUCGACGUCCUGGCCCCAGCUCGACUCCGCCGUUAGGAGAGCCUUCAAGCAGUACGUCGCUAGAUUAGACCCCGGAGGUGGAUUAGGUUUAGGUAGCGACGCGAUAGCCAGCUACAAGUUGGGCGAAGCGGAGAGGAAACCGGACUCGGGCCCGCCGGACCUCCUGCCCGUCGGCUACGCGGUGGGCAGAGUGAUGACGUUACACGUAGUCUUGCAACCAGUAGCGGCCUUAGCCUUUGAAGCCUUAAUACCGAAGGGGGUGGCCCAACGGUUGGUCUCGUUGUUGGCGGAGCACAGGCGGUUGGUGUUGUGCGGCGCGCCGGGCACCGGCAAGACGCAUUUGGCGACGAGACUGGCGGAAUUCCACGCGCAGAGCCUCGGACGGGAUCCGGCCGAAGCCGUCGCUACGUUCAACGUCGACAAUAAAUCCGCGAAGGAACUUCGACAAUACCUGACGCACCUGAGCGAGCAGGCGGCCGCCGGCGAUAACGGCGAACUGCCGUGCGUCGUGGUGCUGGAUAACCUCCACAAAGCCGGCACGCUGGCCGACGCGCUCGGCUCCUUGCCGAGGAACCUGCCCUGCCUGUUGGGUACCAUGGCGCAGAGCGCUUGCUCGGCGACGAGUCUCCAGCUGCAGCACGGCUUCCGGUGGGUGCUCGUCGCGCCGCACAUGGAACCGGCCAGAGGACUGUUGGGACGAGUCCUGCGAAGGAGAUUGGCCACGCUCGAAUUGGAGCAAGGACCUCAGCCGGAAUUGGCCGCCAUUUUGGGGUGGUUGCCGAGAGUGUGGCAGCAUUUGAACGCGUUUUUGGAGACCCACAGCAGCGGCGAUGUGGCUAUCGGUCCUCGAUUAUUCCUGAGUUGUCCGCUGGAGCUGGACGCGGCCAGGGCAUGGUUCGCGGACGUUUGGAACUACUCGCUGGCUCCGUAUCUGAGAGAAGCGGCGCGCGAGGGCCUGCAGCUGUACGGGCGUCGGGCGCCGUGGACCGAUCCGGCGCAGUUCGUGCUGGAUACGUACCCGUGGCCGGGCUCGCCGCCGCAGGGACUGACUAUGAUAUCGGCGAAGGACGUGGGUUUGGAGGUGGGGCCGUCGGCGCAGUCUGAGAACGAGAGCGAUCCGCUGUUGAAUAUGUUGAUGAGGUUGCAGGAGGCGGCGAAUUAUUCGAGUCCGCAUUCGAACGAUUCGGAUUGUAAUAGUCUCGAUGCGAAUUUAACGCACGGGGGUAAUUUGGGUACUGAGAGCGUUUCGUAGGGGUUUUGUUUUAUUAUCGGGAAGUUGUAUUUUUGAUAUUGCAAUGAAACUGGUCGGUUUUUUGUUUAGGUAUCGUGGGAUAAGCGUUUUGGAAGUGUUCCUUCCUUAGCGGACUUGUGAGUUUGGUAAAUCCGAAUAAAGAAAUGAAGUUAUGGGAUUCUUGUCAUUAUAUUAUUUUUUCUGUCUUUUGUUAGACAAUACCAAAAUUGGUAAAUUAAUAUUGUUUGUAUCCCUAUGAAUAUAGAUUGUGAAAUUCUUAUCCUACGAUAAAAUCACUUCAUUAUUUUAAUAUCUAAAUUAAAUUAGAUCUAAUAUUAAAAUUGUAAGAAUUAAGGAUAACUCCUUAAACACGCUAUAGAGAAAUUUUUUAAAUUAGUACAAUUGUAUUAAAAUAAUAUUAAAUUAAUACUUAAAUGAAUUAAAAAACGAACAGUUUCUAUGUUAAUGAAUUGCAAUUUUUUAGCGCCCUAAAUUGUAACAUGACUAUAACGAAAGUGCUUCAAAAUGUACUUGUAAACAUAUUUAAAAUCCUAUUUAUUUUGUGAAAUGUACACGAUUUUUAUAACGCGCAUAAAAUCAAAUAUAUAAUAUAACUAGGUGAGCUGAUCUUUCGGAAUUGCUCAUUUUCGAAAUUAUUUAACGACAUUCUUUAAUUUGGACAUUAUCACCGGCGUUUCUGUUUUGCCUUCUUAGACCUUAGUUUAUUUACGAGUUUUUCUGGUCAUAGACUUUUUUAUGUAAAUAUUUAUAUAAUGUAUUAAUCACAGAUUUGUAUAAUUUGUUUAUUUAUAUAAUAUACAUUUUUAUUAAACACUAUAAGAACUUUUAUACCAAAAUAUGUAUAAUAAACAAAACUGCCAUAAAUUAUUAAAAAAUGA